AUGGGUAAAGGUGGUGGGACACGAAUACCACUAUGGAUAUCAAUACUAGCCCUGGUCCUCAUACAGAUCAAAGCUUUCAAAUCCCAAGGAGUGACAAUCAUUCCACCUUUUCCAAACGCACUGAACGUAAAGGCUGGCAACCCCUAUCACAAUGGCCGUGUUUGCAGCACAUGGGGUAACUUCCACUUCAAGACCUUUGAUGGGGACAUCUUUUACUUCCCUGGGGUCUGCAAUUACAUCUUUGCAUCCAACUGCAAGUCUUCCUAUGAGGACUUCAACAUCCAGAUUAGGCGUGCAAUGGUGGAAAAUGCUACUGUGAUCACUCACGUCAUCAUGAAGCUGGAAGGAGUAGUGAUCGAACUGACCCCCAGCUCUGUCCUGCUCGACAACAAACUAGUCCAGAUGCCCUACAGCCAUAUGGGAGUCUUUAUAGAGAGAAGUAACAACUAUUUGAAAGUUUCUGCCAAGUUGGGAUUGACCUUCCUUUGGAAUGGACAAGAUGCCCUCCUGGUGGAACUAGAUAAGAAAUAUGCCAAUCAAACUUGUGGACUUUGUGGGGACUUCAAUGGCAUUCCAGGCAGCAAUGAAUUUAUUUCAGGGAAGACAAAACUGACCCCCAUACAGUUUGGUAAUAGGCAGAAGAUGGAUGGACCCACAGAGCAGUGUGAUGAUCCUAUUCCUCCUACUUCUCUGAUGAACUGCUCAAGAGAAUUUGCCUCUAUCUGUGAGACAGUAUUGACCAGCAAAGCAUUUACAAGUUGUAACAUGCUUGUGAAUGUCCAGGACUACAUUGAGACUUGCAUACAAGACCUGUGCCACUGUGACAGCUCUAUGGCUGACUUCUGCAUGUGCAACACCUUUGCUGAGUACUCCCGGCAGUGUGCUCAUGCGGGUGGACAGCCCCAGAACUGGAGAACCUCAGAUCUGUGCCCCAAAUCAUGUCCAUUCAACAUGCAAUACCAUGAGUGUGGCUCUCCCUGCUCCGACACGUGCAGCAACCCGGAACGAUCCGCGCUUUGUGAAGAUCAUUGUACAGAUGGCUGUGUCUGUCCUCCAGGAAUGGUAUUUGAUGAUGUUAAUGGUGCCGGCUGCAUUCCCCGCAGAGAAUGCCACUGUACCUAUGAAGGUGAAACUUAUGCUCCUGGUGCCUCCUUCUCAUCUAAAUGCAGAUCAUGUACCUGUGUUGGAGGUGAAUGGUCUUGUGUCACUCAGUCGUGCCCUGGGACUUGCAGUAUUGAAGGAGGUUCCCACAUUUCAACAUUUGAUGAGAAAUACUAUUCCUUCUUUGGAGACUGUAGUUAUGUCCUAACCAAGCUCUGUGACAGCAAUGAAUUCACAGUGUUGGGGGACAUCCACAAGUGUGGCCUGACUGACACUGAGACAUGCCUCAAGGGUGUGGCCAUCAGCCUAAACGGAGGACAGACGAACAUUGUGAUCCAGCCUUCUGGGAGUGUAUUUGUGAAUAUGAUCUACACACAGUUACCAUUCUCAGCAGCAAACGUCACCAUCUUCAGGCCUUCAUCUUUCUUCAUAGUUCUGCAAACAACUUUUGGUCUUCAGCUGCAGGUUCAACUUGUGCCUUUAAUGCAAGUUUUUAUAGACUUAGACCCAUCACAUAAAGGGCAGACCUGUGGUCUCUGUGGGAACUUCAAUGAUGUACAGACAGAUGAUUUCAAAACCACCAGUGGUGUGAUAGAGGGCACUUCAGCUGCCUUUGGCAAUACUUGGAAAACUCGGGCUGAUUGUCCUGAUGCCAAAAAUACUUUUGAGGACCCCUGUACUGUCAGCAUACAAAAUGACCAGUAUGCUCAGCACUGGUGUGGACUGCUCUCUGAUACCACAGGACCUUUUGCUGAAUGUCACUCAACAGUGAAUCCAGAAGUUUACCAUAAGACCUGUAUGUUUGACACGUGUAACUGUGAGAAGAGCGAGGACUGCAUGUGUGCUGCCCUUUCCAGCUAUGUCAGAGCCUGUGCUGCCAAAGGAGUUCUUCUCACUGGAUGGAGGAGCAAAGCCUGCACAAAAUACACCACCUUGUGUCCGAAGUCCUUGAAGUACACCUACAGUGUCAAUUCCUGCCAGCCCACCUGCCGCGCUCUCAGUGAGCCUGAUGUCACAUGCAGCAUCAAGUUUGUCCCAGUUGAUGGCUGUACCUGCAUAAAUGGAACCUACAUGGAUGACAGUGGCAAAUGUGUGCCUGCUUCUAGCUGUCCUUGUUACUACAAAGGAACGCCUCUGUCUUCUGGAGAAGUUGUUCAUGAUAAUGGUGUUGUCUGCACUUGUGCCUAUGGAAAGCUGAGCUGCAUUGGAGAGAAGCCUGAACCAGUCUGUGUGCCUCCCAUGGUUUAUGUUGACUGUGGCAAUGUCACUGCAAAUGUAGUAGGAGCAGGAUGCCAGAAGAGUUGUCAGACUCUAGAUAUGGAAUGUUACAAAACUCACUGUGUCUCUGGCUGCGUAUGUCCUCAUGAUCAAGUGUUGGAUGGCAAAGGUGGCUGCAUUGCUCCAGAAGACUGUCCAUGUAUUCACAAUGGGAAUUCCUACAGUGCAGGAGAAUCAAUCAGAGUUGGCUGUAACAACUGCACAUGUAGAAACAGAAAAUGGCAAUGCUCUGAGGAACCCUGCCUAGAAACAUGUUCUGUUUAUGGAGAUGGGCAUUAUACCACUUUUGAUGGCAAACGCUUUGAUUUUGAAGGAGACUGUGAAUAUGUUCUGGUCCAGAACUACUGUGGUCAACAAGCUAUGAACCAGGGAACCUUCAGAGUCAUCACUGAGAACAUUCCAUGUGGCACUACAGGAACUACCUGCUCUAAGUCUAUUAAAGUUUUCCUGGGUAACUAUGAGCUGGUACUCAGUGACGGACACUCUGAUGUCAUCCAGAGGACACCUGGAGGAAAAAUGCCAUUCCAAAUCCGCUCCAUGGGCAUCUACCUGGUGGUUGAUACUACUGUUGGUCUGAUACUCAUGUGGGACAAGAAAACCAGUAUAUUCAUCAAACUUAGUCCCAGCUUUCAGGACCAGGUCUGUGGACUUUGUGGAAACUAUGAUGGCAAUGGAAAUAAUGACUUCACUACUCGCAGUCAGUCUGUGGUAGGAAACGUGCUGGAGUUUGCCAAUAGCUGGAAAGUAUCUUCUAGUUGCCCAAAUGCCAAUCGCACGCAGGAUCCAUGCACUGCAAACCCAUACAGGAAAGCCUGGGCACAGAAGCAAUGCAGCAUCAUCACCAGUGAAGUGUUUGCAAAGUGUCACUCACAGGUUGAACCAAAUGAAUAUUACCAAGCAUGUGUGGAUGAUGCUUGUGCCUGUGACACUGGAGGAGACUGUGAAUGUUUCUGCACAGCAGUAGCUGCCUAUGCUCAAGCAUGUAAUGAGCUAGACAUCUGCAUAUCAUGGAGAACCCCAUCCAUUUGUCCUCUCUUCUGCGAUUACUAUAAUCCACAAGGGGAAUGUGAGUGGCACUACAAGCCAUGUGGAGCACCUUGUAUGAAGACCUGCAAUAAUCCAAGUGGGAAAUGCCUUCAUGAGAUGAGGGGUUUGGAAGGUUGCUAUCCACAAUGUCCAAAGAAUAAGCCCUACUUUGAUGAGGAAACCAUGACCUGUGUUUCUUAUUGUGGUUGUUAUGAAGAUGGAAAAAAUUACAAACCAGGAAUGGAGAUGCCUUCAAAGCAAAAUUGUGAAUCAUGUGAAUGUACAAUUCAUGGCAAAGUAUGCAGAUAUGAUGAACAUGAAUGUGUCUGCAUUUAUGAGGGGCAGAAGUACAACUACAAAGAUGUGGUCUACAACACUACAGAUGGCACAGGAUGGUGUAUUGUUGCAACCUGUGGUCCCAAUGGAACACUUCAGAGGUUUAUGUAUGAUUGUCUAACCUCAACGUCACCCACAACAUCAACGACAUUUCACUUCACGUCUACACCACCUACCACUACUUCCACAGUGUCACCAACUACAUCAGUAUGUGUUCAUGAAGUCUGUAAGUGGUCCGAAUGGUACGAUGGGAGUCUACAAACCCCUGGCUAUGAUGGAGGAGAUUUUGAAACUUUCAAUGAUUUACGAGCAAAAGGUUAUGAAGUUUGUGAAGCUCCAAAGGCUAUUGAAUGCAGAGCAGAAAAGUUCCCUGAUAUACCACUGAAAGACCUUGGCCAAAAAGUAGAAUGCAGUACAACACGAGGGCUUAUAUGUUACAACAAGGAUCAAAUUUCAACAAUGUGCAACAACUACCAAAUCAGAAUCCUGUGCUGUGUUUUUGUACCAUGCUCUUCCACAACGCCUUUCAGCGCAUCAACCCCAGUCACAACUCCAAUUCCGACAGAAACAUCUACUGAAGCAACGUAUUCAGUUCCUACUGAAAGUACAACAUUGAUACCUUCACCUACUGAAGAAACAACUAGAACCACAACACCUGUCACCACAUCUCCUCCAACAACUCCUCUUUGUUUCAAAGAAAAGUGUUACUGGUCAAGAUGGUAUGAUGUAAGUUAUCCAGGGUCAGGUUACGAUGAUGGAGAUUUUGACACGAUUGAGAACAUUGAAAAUAACGGAUACAAAGUCUGCAACAAUAGAAAGGAUGUGGAAUGUAGAGCAGUACGGUUCCCGAAUACACCAUAUCCUCUACUAGAGCAACACAUAAUAUGUAACACAGAAGAAGGGUUGAAAUGUUACAAUAAAGAUCAACUUCCACCAAUCUGCUAUAAUUAUGAAUUAAGAUUUAAAUGCUGUGUGAAUAUACCAGUGCCAUGUGAAACAACCCCUGAAAUUCUGACAAAAACAACACAACCAACUACUAUUCCAUUAAGUACAAUUUCCACACCAGAAUCAACGACUCUAAGUUUGCAAACAAAGCACAAGACAACGACAGAAUACACAGUUGAACCAAACACAGAUUACAUACACACCAGAAUAACAUCAAAACCUACAAGGCAAACUCAAAAACCAACUACUACAACACCAGUACUAAGCCGCACAACCACAAAAACUACAACAUAUUCACCUACCGCACCCUGUGAACCCGAAGUGUGCACCUGGAGCGAAUGGUUCGACGUCGACUUCCCCUCCUCGGGGCCCAGCCAGGGAGACUUCGAAACCUACCAGCACAUCCGCGCCGCCGGCAAGCAGGUCUGCCGGCAGCCAAAGGAGAUCGAGUGCCGGGCGGAGGACUACCCCGACGUUGCCAUCCAGCAGGUGGGGCAGGUCGUGCAGUGCGACGUCCACUUUGGACUGGUGUGCAAGAACGAGGACCAGACGGGCAAGUUCAAGAUGUGCCUCAACUACAAGAUCCGUGUGCUCUGCUGCACCCCCAACUACAACUGCUCAUUCCCCACAGUCCCCGUGAUAACAACCAGCCCCACCACCAGCACCACGACCACAUCGAUCCCGUCCUCCACCACCACGGUCACCACCUCCACCUCCACGCCAUACAUCUCCACCACCACGAGUCCCACCUCCACGGAAAUCAUCACUUCCACCAGCACCACCAUCCCCACGCCGACGACGUCGACGACAACUUCCUCCACCACCCCCUGUGAACCCGAAGUGUGCACCUGGAGCGAAUGGUUCGACGUCGACUUCCCCUCCUCGGGGCCCAGCCAGGGAGACUUCGAAACCUACCAGCACAUCCGCGCCGCCGGCAAGCAGGUCUGCCGGCAGCCAAAGGAGAUCGAGUGCCGGGCGGAGGACUACCCCGACGUUGCCAUCCAGCAGGUGGGGCAGGUCGUGCAGUGCGACGUCCACUUUGGACUGGUGUGCAAGAACGAGGACCAGACGGGCAAGUUCAAGAUGUGCCUCAACUACAAGAUCCGUGUGCUCUGCUGCACCCCCAACUACAACUGCUCAUUCCCCACAGUCCCCGUGAUAACAACCAGCCCCACCACCAGCACCACGACCACAUCGAUCCCGUCCUCCACCACCACGGUCACCACCUCCACCUCCACGCCAUACAUCUCCACCACCACGAGUCCCACCUCCACGGAAAUCAUCACUUCCACCAGCACCACCAUCCCCACGCCGACGACGUCGACGACAACUUCCUCCACCACCCCCUGUGAACCCGAAGUGUGCACCUGGAGCGAAUGGUUCGACGUCGACUUCCCCUCCUCGGGGCCCAGCCAGGGAGACUUCGAAACCUACCAGCACAUCCGCGCCGCCGGCAAGCAGGUCUGCCGGCAGCCAAAGGAGAUCGAGUGCCGGGCGGAGGACUACCCCGACGUUGCCAUCCAGCAGGUGGGGCAGGUCGUGCAGUGCGACGUCCACUUUGGACUGGUGUGCAAGAACGAGGACCAGACGGGCAAGUUCAAGAUGUGCCUCAACUACAAGAUCCGUGUGCUCUGCUGCACCCCCAACUACAACUGCUCAUUCCCCACAGUCCCCGUGAUAACAACCAGCCCCACCACCAGCACCACGACCACAUCGAUCCCGUCCUCCACCACCACGGUCACCACCUCCACCUCCACGCCAUACAUCUCCACCACCACGAGUCCCACCUCCACGGAAAUCAUCACUUCCACCAGCACCACCAUCCCCACGCCGACGACGUCGACGACAACUUCCUCCACCACCCCCUGUGAACCCGAAGUGUGCACCUGGAGCGAAUGGUUCGACGUCGACUUCCCCUCCUCGGGGCCCAGCCAGGGAGACUUCGAAACCUACCAGCACAUCCGCGCCGCCGGCAAGCAGGUCUGCCGGCAGCCAAAGGAGAUCGAGUGCCGGGCGGAGGACUACCCCGACGUUGCCAUCCAGCAGGUGGGGCAGGUCGUGCAGUGCGACGUCCACUUUGGACUGGUGUGCAAGAACGAGGACCAGACGGGCAAGUUCAAGAUGUGCCUCAACUACAAGAUCCGUGUGCUCUGCUGCACCCCCAACUACAACUGCUCAUUCCCCACAGUCCCCGUGAUAACAACCAGCCCCACCACCAGCACCACGACCACAUCGAUCCCGUCCUCCACCACCACGGUCACCACCUCCACCUCCACGCCAUACAUCUCCACCACCACGAGUCCCACCUCCACGGAAAUCAUCACUUCCACCAGCACCACCAUCCCCACGCCGACGACGUCGACGACAACUUCCUCCACCACCCCCUGUGAACCCGAAGUGUGCACCUGGAGCGAAUGGUUCGACGUCGACUACCCCUCCUCGGGGCCCAGCCAGGGAGACUUCGAAACCUACCAGCACAUCCGCGCCGCCGGCAAGCAGGUCUGCCGGCAGCCAAAGGAGAUCGAGUGCCGGGCGGAGGACUACCCCGACGUUGCCAUCCAGCAGGUGGGGCAGGUCGUGCAGUGCGACGUCCACUUUGGACUGGUGUGCAAGAACGAGGACCAGACGGGCAAGUUCAAGAUGUGCCUCAACUACAAGAUCCGUGUGCUCUGCUGCACCCCCAACUACAACUGCGCAUUCCCCACAGUCCCCGUGAUAACAACCAGCCCCACCACCAGCACCACGACCACAUCGAUCCCGUCCUCCACCACCACGGUCACCACCUCCACCUCCACGCCAUACAUCUCCACCACCACGAGUCCCACCUCCACGGAAAUCAUCACUUCCACCAGCACCACCAUCCCCACGCCGACGACGUCGACGACAACUUCCUCCACCACCCCCUGUGAACCCGAAGUGUGCACCUGGAGCGAAUGGUUCGACGUCGACUUCCCCUCCUCGGGGCCCAGCCAGGGAGACUUCGAAACCUACCAGCACAUCCGCGCCGCCGGCAAGCAGGUCUGCCGGCAGCCAAAGGAGAUCGAGUGCCGGGCGGAGGACUACCCCGACGUUGCCAUCCAGCAGGUGGGGCAGGUCGUGCAGUGCGACGUCCACUUUGGGCUGGUGUGCAAGAACGAGGACCAGACGGGCAAGUUCAAGAUGUGCCUCAACUACAAGAUCCGUGUGCUCUGCUGCACCCCCAACUACAACUGCUCAUUCCCCACAGUCCCCGUGAUAACAACCAGCCCCACCACCAGCACCACGACCACAUCGAUCCCGUCCUCCACCACCACGGUCACCACCUCCACCUCCACGCCAUACAUCUCCACCACCACGAGUCCCACCUCCACGGAAAUCAUCACUUCCACCAGCACCACCAUCCCCACGCCGACGACGUCGACGACAACUUCCUCCACCACCCCCUGUGAACCCGAAGAGUGCACCUGGAGCGAAUGGUUCGACGUCGACUUCCCCUCCUCGGGGCCCAGCCAGGGAGACUUCGAAACCUACCAGCACAUCCGCGCCGCCGGCAAGCAGGUCUGCCGGCAGCCAAAGGAGAUCGAGUGCCGGGCGGAGGACUACCCCGACGUUGCCAUCCAGCAGGUGGGGCAGGUCGUGCAGUGCGACGUCCACUUUGGGCUGGUGUGCAAGAACGAGGACCAGACGGGCAAGUUCAAGAUGUGCCUCAACUACAAGAUCCGUGUGCUCUGCUGCACCCCCAACUACAACUGCUCAUUCCCCACAGUCCCCGUGAUAACAACCAGCCCCACCACCAGCACCACGACCACAUCGAUCCCCUCCUCCACCACCACGGUCACCACCUCCACCUCCACGCCAUACAUCUCCACCACCACGAGUCCCACCUCCACGGAAAUCAUCACUUCCACCAGCACCACCAUCCCCACGCCGACGACGUCGACGACAACUUCCUCCACCACCCCCUGUGAACCCGAAGUGUGCACCUGGAGCGAAUGGUUCGACGUCGACUUCCCCUCCUCGGGGCCCAGCCAGGGAGACUUCGAAACCUACCAGCACAUCCGCGCCGCCGGCAAGCAGGUCUGCCGGCAGCCAAAGGAGAUCGAGUGCCGGGCGGAGGACUACCCCGACGUUGCCAUCCAGCAGGUGGGGCAGGUCGUGCAGUGCGACGUCCACUUUGGACUGGUGUGCAAGAACGAGGACCAGACGGGCAAGUUCAAGAUGUGCCUCAACUACAAGAUCCGUGUGCUCUGCUGCACCCCCAACUACAACUGCUCAUUCCCCACAGUCCCCGUGAUAACAACCAGCCCCACCACCAGCACCACGACCACAUCGAUCCCGUCCUCCACCACCACGGUCACCACCUCCACCUCCACGCCAUACAUCUCCACCACCACGAGUCCCACCUCCACGGAAAUCAUCACUUCCACCAGCACCACCAUCCCCACGCCGACGACGUCGACGACAACUUCCUCCACCACCCCCUGUGAACCCGAAGUGUGCACCUGGAGCGAAUGGUUCGACGUCGACUUCCCCUCCUCGGGGCCCAGCCAGGGAGACUUCGAAACCUACCAGCACAUCCGCGCCGCCGGCAAGCAGGUCUGCCGGCAGCCAAAGGAGAUCGAGUGCCGGGCGGAGGACUACCCCGACGUUGCCAUCCAGCAGGUGGGGCAGGUCGUGCAGUGCGAUGUCCACUUUGGACUGGUGUGCAAGAACGAGGACCAGACGGGCAAGUUCAAGAUGUGCCUCAACUACAAGAUCCGUGUGCUCUGCUGCACCCCCAACUACAACUGCUCAUUCCCCACAGUCCCCGUGAUAACAACCAGCCCCACCACCAGCACCACGACCACAUCGAUCCCGUCCUCCACCACCACGGUCACCACCUCCACCUCCACGCCAUACAUCUCCACCACCACGAGUCCCACCUCCACGGAAAUCAUCACUUCCACCAGCACCACCAUCCCCACGCCGACGACGUCGACGACAACUUCCUCCACCACCCCCUGUGAACCCGAAGUGUGCACCUGGAGCGAAUGGUUCGACGUCGACUUCCCCUCCUCGGGGCCCAGCCAGGGAGACUUCGAAACCUACCAGCACAUCCGCGCCGCCGGCAAGCAGGUCUGCCGGCAGCCAAAGGAGAUCGAGUGCCGGGCGGAGGACUACCCCGACGUUGCCAUCCAGCAGGUGGGGCAGGUCGUGCAGUGCGACGUCCACUUUGGGCUGGUGUGCAAGAACGAGGACCAGACGGGCAAGUUCAAGAUGUGCCUCAACUACAAGAUCCGUGUGCUCUGCUGCACCCCCAACUACAACUGCUCAUUCCCCACAGUCCCCGUGAUAACAACCAGCCCCACCACCAGCACUACGACCACAUCGAUCCCGUCCUCCACCACCACGGUCACCACCUCCACCUCCACGCCAUACAUCUCCACCACCACGAGUCCCACCUCCACGGAAAUCAUCACUUCCACCAGCACCACCAUCCCCACGCCGACGACGUCGACGACAACUUCCUCCACCACCCCCUGUGAACCCGAAGUGUGCACCUGGAGCGAAUGGUUCGACGUCGACUUCCCCUCCUCAGGGCCCAGCCAGGGAGACUUCGAAACCUACCAGCACAUCCGCGCCGCCGGCAAGCAGGUCUGCCGGCAGCCAAAGGAGAUCGAGUGCCGGGCGGAGGACUACCCCGACGUUGCCAUCCAGCAGGUGGGGCAGGUCGUGCAGUGCGACGUCCACUUUGGACUGGUGUGCAAGAACGAGGACCAGACGGGCAAGUUCAAGAUGUGCCUCAACUACAAGAUCCGUGUGCUCUGCUGCACCCCCAACUACAACUGCUCAUUCCCCACAGUCCCCGUGAUAACAACCAGCCCCACCACCAGCACCACGACCACAUCGAUCCCCUCCUCCACCACCACGGUCACCACCUCCACCUCCACGCCAUACAUCUCCACCACCACGAGUCCCACCUCCACGGAAAUCAUCACUUCCACCAGCACCACCAUCCCCACGCCGACGACGUCGACGACAACUUCCUCCACCACCCCCUGUGAACCCGAAGUGUGCACCUGGAGCGAAUGGUUCGACGUCGACUUCCCCUCCUCGGGGCCCAGCCAGGGAGACUUCGAAACCUACCAGCACAUCCGCGCCGCCGGCAAGCAGGUCUGCCGGCAGCCAAAGGAGAUCGAGUGCCGGGCGGAGGACUACCCCGACGUUGCCAUCCAGCAGGUGGGGCAGGUCGUGCAGUGCGACGUCCACUUUGGACUGGUGUGCAAGAACGAGGACCAGACGGGCAAGUUCAAGAUGUGCCUCAACUACAAGAUCCGUGUGCUCUGCUGCACCCCCAACUACAACUGCUCAUUCCCCACAGUCCCCGUGAUAACAACCAGCCCCACCACCAGCACCACGACCACAUCGAUCCCGUCCUCCACCACCACGGUCACCACCUCCACCUCCACGCCAUACAUCUCCACCACCACGAGUCCCACCUCCACGGAAAUCAUCACUUCCACCAGCACCACCAUCCCCACGCCGACGACGUCGACGACAACUUCCUCCACCACCCCCUGUGAACCCGAAGUGUGCACCUGGAGCGAAUGGUUCGACGUCGACUUCCCCUCCUCGGGGCCCAGCCAGGGAGACUUCGAAACCUACCAGCACAUCCGCGCCGCCGGCAAGCAGGUCUGCCGGCAGCCAAAGGAGAUCGAGUGCCGGGCGGAGGACUACCCCGACGUUGCCAUCCAGCAGGUGGGGCAGGUCGUGCAGUGCGACGUCCACUUUGGACUGGUGUGCAAGAACGAGGACCAGACGGGCAAGUUCAAGAUGUGCCUCAACUACAAGAUCCGUGUGCUCUGCUGCACCCCCAACUACAACUGCUCAUUCCCCACAGUCCCCGUGAUAACAACCAGCCCCACCACCAGCACCACGACCACAUCGAUCCCGUCCUCCACCACCACGGUCACCACCUCCACCUCCACGCCAUACAUCUCCACCACCACGAGUCCCACCUCCACGGAAAUCAUCACUUCCACCAGCACCACCAUCCCCACGCCGACGACGUCGACGACAACUUCCUCCACCACCCCCUGUGAACCCGAAGUGUGCACCUGGAGCGAAUGGUUCGACGUCGACUUCCCCUCCUCGGGGCCCAGCCAGGGAGACUUCGAAACCUACCAGCACAUCCGCGCCGCCGGCAAGCAGGUCUGCCGGCAGCCAAAGGAGAUCGAGUGCCGGGCGGAGGACUACCCCGACGUUGCCAUCCAGCAGGUGGGGCAGGUCGUGCAGUGCGACGUCCACUUUGGGCUGGUGUGCAAGAACGAGGACCAGACGGGCAAGUUCAAGAUGUGCCUCAACUACAAGAUCCGUGUGCUCUGCUGCACCCCCAACUACAACUGCUCAUUCCCCACAGUCCCCGUGAUAACAACCAGCCCCACCACCAGCACCACGACCACAUCGAUCCCGUCCUCCACCACCACGGUCACCACCUCCACCUCCACGCCAUACAUCUCCACCACCACGAGUCCCACCUCCACGGAAAUCAUCACUUCCACCAGCACCACCAUCCCCACGCCGACGACGUCGACGACAACUUCCUCCACCACCCCCUGUGAACCCGAAGUGUGCACCUGGAGCGAAUGGUUCGACGUCGACUUCCCCUCCUCGGGGCCCAGCCAGGGAGACUUCGAAACCUACCAGCACAUCCGCGCCGCCGGCAAGCAGGUCUGCCGGCAGCCAAAGGAGAUCGAGUGCCGGGCGGAGGACUACCCCGACGUUGCCAUCCAGCAGGUGGGGCAGGUCGUGCAGUGCGACGUCCACUUUGGACUGGUGUGCAAGAACGAGGACCAGACGGGCAAGUUCAAGAUGUGCCUCAACUACAAGAUCCGUGUGCUCUGCUGCACCCCCAACUACAACUGCUCAUUCCCCACAGUCCCCGUGAUAACAACCAGCCCCACCACCAGCACCACGACCACAUCGAUCCCCUCCUCCACCACCACGGUCACCACCUCCACCUCCACGCCAUACAUCUCCACCACCACGAGUCCCACCUCCACGGAAAUCAUCACUUCCACCAGCACCACCAUCCCCACGCCGACGACGUCGACGACAACUUCCUCCACCACCCCCUGUGAACCCGAAGUGUGCACCUGGAGCGAAUGGUUCGACGUCGACUUCCCCUCCUCGGGGCCCAGCCAGGGAGACUUCGAAACCUACCAGCACAUCCGCGCCGCCGGCAAGCAGGUCUGCCGGCAGCCAAAGGAGAUCGAGUGCCGGGCGGAGGACUACCCCGACGUUGCCAUCCAGCAGGUGGGGCAGGUCGUGCAGUGCGACGUCCACUUUGGACUGGUGUGCAAGAACGAGGACCAGACGGGCAAGUUCAAGAUGUGCCUCAACUACAAGAUCCGUGUGCUCUGCUGCACCCCCAACUACAACUGCUCAUUCCCCACAGUCCCCGUGAUAACAACCAGCCCCACCACCAGCACCACGACCACAUCGAUCCCGUCCUCCACCACCACGGUCACCACCUCCACCUCCACGCCAUACAUCUCCACCACCACGAGUCCCACCUCCACGGAAAUCAUCACUUCCACCAGCACCACCAUCCCCACGCCGACGACGUCGACGACAACUUCCUCCACCACCCCCUGUGAACCCGAAGUGUGCACCUGGAGCGAAUGGUUCGACGUCGACUUCCCCUCCUCGGGGCCCAGCCAGGGAGACUUCGAAACCUACCAGCACAUCCGCGCCGCCAGCAAGCAGGUCUGCCGGCAGCCAAAGGAGAUCGAGUGCCGGGCGGAGGACUACCCCGACGUUGCCAUCCAGCAGGUGGGGCAGGUCGUGCAGUGCGACGUCCACUUUGGGCUGGUGUGCAAGAACGAGGACCAGACGGGCAAGUUCAAGAUGUGCCUCAACUACAAGAUCCGUGUGCUCUGCUGCACCCCCAACUACAACUGCUCAUUCCCCACAGUCCCCGUGAUAACAACCAGCCCCACCACCAGCACCACGACCACAUCGAUCCCGUCCUCCACCACCACGGUCACCACCUCCACCUCCACGCCAUACAUCUCCACCACCACGAGUCCCACCUCCACGGAAAUCAUCACUUCCACCAGCACCACCAUCCCCACGCCGACGACGUCGACGACAACUUCCUCCACCACCCCCUGUGAACCCGAAGUGUGCACCUGGAGCGAAUGGUUCGACGUCGACUUCCCCUCCUCGGGGCCCAGCCAGGGAGACUUCGAAACCUACCAGCACAUCCGCGCCGACGGCAAGCAGGUCUGCCGGCAGCCAAAGGAGAUCGAGUGCCGGGCGGAGGACUACCCCGACGUUGCCAUCCAGCAGGUGGGGCAGGUCGUGCAGUGCGACGUCCACUUUGGACUGGUGUGCAAGAACGAGGACCAGACGGGCAAGUUCAAGAUGUGCCUCAACUACAAGAUCCGUGUGCUCUGCUGCACCCCCAACUACAACUGCUCAUUCCCCACAGUCCCCGUGAUAACAACCAGACCCACCACCAGCACCACGACCACAUCGAUCCCGUCCUCCACCACCACGGUCACCCCCUCCACCUCCACGCCAUACAUCUCCACCACCACGAGUCCCACCUCCACGGAAAUCAUCACUUCCACCAGCACCACCAUCCCCACGCCGACGACGUCGACGACAACUUCCUCCACCACCCCCUGUGAACCCGAAGUGUGCACCUGGAGCGAAUGGUUCGACGUCGACUUCCCCUCCUCGGGGCCCAGCCAGGGAGACUUCGAAACCUACCAGCACAUCCGCGCCGCCGGCAAGCAGGUCUGCCGGCAGCCAAAGGAGAUCGAGUGCCGGGCGGAGGACUACCCCGACGUUGCCAUCCAGCAGGUGGGGCAGGUCGUGCAGUGCGACGUCCACUUUGGACUGGUGUGCAAGAACGAGGACCAGACGGGCAAGUUCAAGAUGUGCCUCAACUACAAGAUCCGUGUGCUCUGCUGCACCCCCAACUACAACUGCUCAUUCCCCACAGUCCCCGUGAUAACAACCAGCCCCACCACCAGCACCACGACCACAUCGAUCCCGUCCUCCACCACCACGGUCACCACCUCCACCUCCACGCCAUACAUCUCCACCACCACGAGUCCCACCUCCACGGAAAUCAUCACUUUCACCAGCACCACCAUCCCCACGCCGACGACGUCGACGACAACUUCCUCCACCACCCCCUGUGAACCCGAAGUGUGCACCUGGAGCGAAUGGUUCGACGUCGACUUCCCCUCCUCGGGGCCCAGCCAGGGAGACUUCGAAACCUACCAGCACAUCCGCGCCGCCGGCAAGCAGGUCUGCCGGCAGCCAAAGGAGAUCGAGUGCCGGGCGGAGGACUACCCCGACGUUGCCAUCCAGCAGGUGGGGCAGGUCGUGCAGUGCGACGUCCACUUUGGACUGGUGUGCAAGAACGAGGACCAGACGGGCAAGUUCAAGAUGUGCCUCAACUACAAGAUCCGUGUGCUCUGCUGCACCCCCAACUACAACUGCUCAUUCCCCACAGUCCCCGUGAUAACAACCAGCCCCACCACCAGCACCACGACCACAUCGAUCCCCUCCUCCACCACCACGGUCAGCACCUCCACCUCCACGCCAUACAUCUCCACCACCACGAGUCCCACCUCCACGGAAAUCAUCACUUCCACCAGCACCACCAUCCCCACGCCGACGACGUCGACGACAACUUCCUCCACCACCCCCUGUGAACCCGAAGUGUGCACCUGGAGCGAAUGGUUCGACGUCGACUUCCCCUCCUCGGGGCCCAGCCAGGGAGACUUCGAAACCUACCAGCACAUCCGCGCCGCCGGCAAGCAGGUCUGCCGGCAGCCAAAGGAGAUCGAGUGCCGGGCGGAGGACUACCCCGACGUUGCUAUCCAGCAGGUGGGGCAGGUCGUGCAGUGCGACGUCCACUUUGGGCUGGUGUGCAAGAACGAGGACCAGACGGGCAAGUUCAAGAUGUGCCUCAACUACAAGAUCCGUGUGCUCUGCUGCACCCCCAACUACAACUGCUCAUUUCCCACAGUCCCCGUGAUAACAACCAGCCCCACCACCAGCACCACGACCACAUCGAUCCCCUCCUCCACCACCACGGUCACCACCUCCACCUCCACGCCAUACAUCUCCACCACCACGAGUCCCACCUCCACGGAAAUCAUCACUUCCACCAGCACCACCAUCCCCACGCCGACGACGUCGACGACAACUUCCUCCACCACCCCCUGUGAACCCGAAGUGUGCACCUGGAGCGAAUGGUUCGACGUCGACUUCCCCUCCUCGGGGCCCAGCCAGGGAGACUUCGAAACCUACCAGCACAUCCGUGCCGCCGGCAAGCAGGUCUGCCGGCAGCCAAAGGAGAUCGAGUGCCGGGCGGAGGACUACCCCGACGUUGCCAUCCAGCAGGUGGGGCAGGUCGUGCAGUGCGACGUCCACUUUGGACUGGUGUGCAAGAACGAGGACCAGACGGGCAAGUUCAAGAUGUGCCUCAACUACAAGAUCCGUGUGCUCUGCUGCACCCCCAACUACAACUGCUCAUUCCCCACAGUCCCCGUGAUAACAACCAGCCCCACCACCAGCACCACGACCACAUCGAUCCCCUCCUCCACCACCACGGUCAGCACCUCCACCUCCACGCCAUACAUCUCCACCACCACGAGUCCCACCUCCACGGAAAUCAUCACUUCCACCAGCACCACCAUCCCCACGCCGACGACGUCGACGACAACUUCCUCCACCACCCCCUGUGAACCCGAAGUGUGCACCUGGAGCGAAUGGUUCGACGUCGACUUCCCCUCCUCGGGGCCCAGCCAGGGAGACUUCGAAACCUACCAGCACAUCCGCGCCGCCGGCAAGCAGGUCUGCCGGCAGCCAAAGGAGAUCGAGUGCCGGGCGGAGGACUACCCCGACGUUGCCAUCCAGCAGGUGGGGCAGGUCGUGCAGUGCGACGUCCACUUUGGACUGGUGUGCAAGAACGAGGACCAGACGGGCAAGUUCAAGAUGUGCCUCAACUACAAGAUCCGUGUGCUCUGCUGCACCCCCAACUACAACUGCUCAUUCCCCACAGUCCCCGUGAUAACAACCAGCCCCACCACCAGCACCACGACCACAUCGAUCCCGUCCUCCACCACCACGGUCACCACCUCCACCUCCACGCCAUACAUCUCCACCACCACGAGUCCCACCUCCACGGAAAUCAUCACUUCCACCAGCACCACCAUCCCCACGCCGACGACGUCGACGACAACUUCCUCCACCACCCCCUGUGAACCCGAAGUGUGCACCUGGAGCGAAUGGUUCGACGUCGACUUCCCCUCCUCGGGGCCCAGCCAGGGAGACUUCGAAACCUACCAGCACAUCCGCGCCGCCGGCAAGCAGGUCUGCCGGCAGCCAAAGGAGAUCGAGUGCCGGGCGGAGGACUACCCCGACGUUGCCAUCCAGCAGGUGGGGCAGGUCGUGCAGUGCGACGUCCACUUUGGACUGGUGUGCAAGAACGAGGACCAGACGGGCAAGUUCAAGAUGUGCCUCAACUACAAGAUCCGUGUGCUCUGCUGCACCCCCAACUACAACUGCUCAUUCCCCACAGUCCCCGUGAUAACAACCAGCCCCACCACCAGCACCACGACCACAUCGAUCCCGUCCUCCACCACCACGGUCACCACCUCCACCUCCACGCCAUACAUCUCCACCACCACGAGUCCCACCUCCACGGAAAUCAUCACUUCCACCAGCACCACCAUCCCCACGCCGACGAUGUCGACGACAACUUCCUCCACCACCCCCUGUGAACCCGAAGUGUGCACCUGGAGCGAAUGGUUCGACGUCGACUUCCCCUCCUCGGGGCCCAGCCAGGGAGACUUCGAAACCUACCAGCACAUCCGCGCCGCCGGCAAGCAGGUCUGCCGGCAGCCAAAGGAGAUCGAGUGCCGGGCGGAGGACUACCCCGACGUUGCCAUCCAGCAGGUGGGGCAGGUCGUGCAGUGCGACGUCCACUUUGGACUGGUGUGCAAGAACGAGGACCAGACGGGCAAGUUCAAGAUGUGCCUCAACUACAAGAUCCGUGUGCUCUGCUGCACCCCCAACUACAACUGCCCUUUCUCCACCCUCUCAACCGCCACCAGCACAUCCACCAUUGCUACCCUUAGUGAACCUGUCUUCACAACAACUUCUCCCAUUUCAACUACAACCUGUUUCUGCAAGAUUGGUGAUUCUAUUUUUUCACCGGGUGACUUGAUUUAUAAUAGAAUUGAUAGUGACGGAUGUCGAUUUUAUGCCAUCUGUAGCCCAACAUGUAAUAUUGAACGACACGCUCCUGGAGAAAGAUUCAAAUUAUCCAACUGUACAGAAGUCAUCUGUAAUGGAGACAACAACAUAGAUGUAGUACCAACAUACUGCCCACCGGUAAAGGAAAUUACCUGUGCAAACAAAUAUCCACCAAUGCUGGUACCUGAUGAAAAUGGAUGCUGUUACCGAUAUGAGUGUCAAUGUGUGUGUAGUGGAUGGGGUGAUCCUCAUUACAUUACUUUUGAUGGAACCUAUUAUACCUUCCUUGAAAACUGCACUUACGUCCUGGUGAAACAGAUUGUCCCUAGAUAUGACAACUUCCGUGUUUACAUUGACAAUUAUUACUGCGAUGCAAAAGAUGGACUCUCCUGCCCUAAAUCUAUUAUUAUUUUCUACAAAUCUGCAGAAGUGGUGCUGACUCGUCAACUCAUGAAUGGUGUGAUGACCAAUGUGAUGUACUUCAACAAAAAGAUUGUUGGACCAGGCUUCAAAAAAGAUGGCAUUUCUUUCUCCACUCUUGGCAUCAAUAUGAUUGUUGAAAUAGAAGAAAUUGGUGCAGUCAUCACCUUUAGUGGUCUCAUUUUCUCUGUCAAGCUCCCAUACAGCAAAUUUGGCAACAACACCGAAGGACAAUGUGGAACAUGUACAAACAAUAAAGAAGAUGAAUGCCGUUUACCAAGUGGUAAGAUCAUUUCCUCCUGUCCCCAAAUGGCUCAUCACUGGAUUGUUGACAACAACAAGUCAUGCCAUGGAGUGCCAGUACCACCAACUAUAACCACACCUCCACCAAAGCCGCAAUGUCAAACACCUCCGCUCUGCAAACUUAUCUUAAGCGAGGUUUUUGCAGAAUGUCAUACCGUGAUACCACCAGAACCAUUUUUCAAGGGCUGUGUUUUUGAUGGAUGUCGCAUAGACGAUGAAUCCAUGCAGUGUUCCAGUUUGGAGAUGUAUGCUACAGAGUGUGCUGCUAGAGGUGUCUGCAUUGACUGGAGAGGAAUGACCAACAAUACAUGUUCAUUCAGCUGUCCGUCAAGCAUGGUAUACAAGCCGUGUGGGCCCAUUAAUCCAGUUAGCUGUGACCAAAGUCUGCAGAGAACCAAAUGGAAUAUCCAGACAGGACAGGGCUGUGUAGUCAACGAAACCUAUUAUGCACCUGGAGCUGCAGUUCCAUCAGGCCCCUGUGAAGAAUGCACCUGCUCUGCAUCCUCUCCCUCAAGGCCUCACCACCUCGCGGUCACAUGCCAGCCUGUUAUCUGUGACACGUACUGCCCACUGGAAGGAGAACAUUGGAAUCCACCUGGUGAUAACUGUACUGUUUACACAUGUGAAAAACAUGCUGACCAGUUCAUUCAAGUCAUCAAGGAGGCAAGCUGUCCUGCCUUUAACCAUGAUGACUGUGAUCCAGAUGAUAUCAGGCUAUCUGACGAUGGCUGCUGUUUAGUGUGCCGAAGAGUACCGAAACUUUGUAUGAAGUACAAUACGACUACUGUCAUCAACUAUAAUGGCUGUGUGUCUCCUGCACCUGUUGAGAUAACGUACUGUGAAGGCAGCUGUGAUGCCUACUCACGAUAUUCUCAAACGACAAACACCAUGGUGCACAAAUGCUCGUGUUGUCAGGAAAUCAAGACCAGUAAGAGAAAGGUGACUCUGUUGUGCAGUGAUGGAACCUCCCUUGAUCACUCCUACACCUACGUGGAGAAAUGCAGCUGUGUGGAUGCUGAAAAUCCCGAGCUCCGUCCCAGCUUCCUGAUGCACAUUGUUCGUUUUUUCCAUGCCUCGGGCUCUUUUGCUGCCCAGCGAGGCCCCCAGGUGGCACACAGCUCUGUUCCUCCCUUCCCAGCCAGCCCACCAGGCUUCCCAAUGCAGCACUACUACCGAAUUCCUGACCGGUUCGGUGUGUAA